CAAAAAUAUGCACUCACCGAAGCGCCACAUCGGCGACACGUGUGGCCGUCCUCGACGGCCACACAUCGGAUGCUGCCGAAGUGAGGGUCGCCCGUGUCAGCCUCUGGCCUCUCUGUGUAUCCAAAGAGACAUGCAUCCCAUGAGUGCAUGUCGUAUGACAACAUGUAUGUCUGUCUUGUAUGUGCACACACGUGUCAACCUGCAUACCUCGAAUCUCUUCCCCGUCAGCAUCUCCCUCAUGACCGCCCCGAAUGAGUACAUGUCUGUCUUGGUCGUCACCCUACACCACAGAAUGGCAGGAAUGUUAAGUCAUGGAGAAGGCAUGCAUGUCUUGAUUCAGUUGGCCUACGGCUUGGAUGCCACGACUUCGGGCGCCAUGUAUACUCGUGUGCCUUCGGGGUGGCUCAGACGAAAUGCUGCACCGAUCAAUUCAAGAUACUCACUUUUCACGCAGUGCAGCAAGAGAACCGCUGAGUACCUCCCGCCACUGCACUUACAUUUGCCGGCGGUUAGCAUUCGUGCACACCCGAGAUCACACAGCUUGGCCUGGCGCCCUCCCCUCGUCAGCAGGAUGUUCUCCAGCUUGAUGUCCAAAUGAACUACCGAGGGCCGCUGGCUUGAGGGGGGGCCGUGGAGGGCGCACAGCCCUGUGGCCGUGUCGAUGAGAAUGGCGAGCCGGUCACGCCAGUAUAACAGCUCCGAGGAGCUCUCACCUGCAUCCGCACAGACAGACAGACAGACAGACAGACAUUCGCUUACUCACUCCAUCAGCCUUCGGUGCCUUUGCCCCAACUUACGUGGCCACAGACGGCUCGUCAGGCUGCCGCCCUCGAGCAGCUCGUACAGCGGCCCAACGUCCUCGCACACACCCAGUAGCAUGCACACGAACGGAUUCCUGCACACACAAACCACACCACGCCACAGCAUCUUCCACAGGCGCAUGCAUACGCACGCGUCUCCCUCUCUCUCUCUAAUAUCUACCUGAUCCGCCUAGCCACCUCCAGUUCACGCCAUAGUCGCCUCUGGGCAUAUACUUGAGUGCGGUUGGCGUCCCUGCCAGAUAAACCAGCCCAAACCAUCACAACGCAAUAAAGGAAGGUGAUCCAACCUUGUGGUCCAUCUCAUUUGUUCGUCUUUCCAUCUACACCCGUUGCAUAUAUUACCGAAACAGCCAUGUCGGUAUCACCAUUGCGGAGGGAUCUGAAGAAGACAUGAGCCAACAGGUGGCACACAGCAUGAGCCAGCCUUUCGUGCUCUCUCCCACCUGGGCGCAUCCCACAUGCUAUCUGCACGGCAGUGUUGAUCCACCGACAUGUUUCUAGCUACUGCACGUGUGCGCAUUCUGCUUACCGUCGGGCAGCUCAGUCUUCUCCACACACGCCUCGCCCCCCACGCCCAGCACAUGGCCGCUGCCACGUGCAGCUGCCGCCUCCUGCAUGCAGAAAGCGAGAGAGCAACCGAGAGAUACAACAGACGUGGACAGCAAGGAUCUCUGUACUUGGUCUCCACGUGGCACCAACAUCAGGUCGCCCGGGUCGCCUACACAGAUCUGACCAUUUGCGGCUGCCGAGCUGCUGCUGCCACUGGCUGGUGGUGGUGGUGGUGGUGGAGGCGGUGGCGGUGGUGAGCCAUUGGUGUCAUCCACGGUGAGGGACAGGGGCACAGAGGGAGCGGUGGUGUGGGCGGGGACAGCUGCUGCUGACGAUGACCACGAAGAGGAAGGCGAUGGGUGAAUCGGCUGCUGCAGUUGUAUUUGUCGCUCGCUGGCCGCCUGGUGCAACUGAGUAAGACGGUGCUGCUCAGAGGUGAGGUCAUCCCACAGCUGAGACAGCGACUGGAGAUCCAGAAACGACGCACCAUUGGCACUGACACGACUGCACCACAGACGACAGAAAUGGGUGCACACGGCUGCUGUCAGUGUGUGUGUGUGGUUGCUGACCUGUGUGGUGGUUGUGUUGAUGAAAGCUGCGGUUUGACCGUGAGCAUCUCCCGCCCCAGCGGCGCCUCCGCCUCGCGCAGCCGACGCAACUCGGCGCCUUUCUCCUGCUCUGCACGCGCUGACCUGCACACAUCAACAUCCACAUGACAUCAUCAGCGUCUCACCUGUGGCGUCUCCCGCCCUCUCUGCCUGGUUGCCUAGCUGACCUGGUCAGUACCGGUGCGCACCAAACCAUCCCACCUUCCACGCCCACUUGUAGGUGGGAACACCACCCAGCCGAUCGUCAUCCAGUGGUGCACAUGAAACACACAUCAUUCGUCGGCUGCUGAGUCGUGUCGUACAUAUGUCGAAAAGGCCCACGUUGCGGACAUCCUCGAGCCAGCACUUGACAUCAUCGAGGUGUCCGCUUCCACAAAAUCCGGCAGUACUGACAUAGCUGCCCCGGUACUUCGUUUCCGCGUUUGCACUGGUAGCCCCGCACCUCUGUGAGCCUGCCUUGUUGAUAAAACGGUCGAACUUCGACAGAAGACAUCUGCACACAAAGAGGAAGGGCAAGAGGAGUCUGUCAAACAACACCCCCACCAGCAAGCACGUGUGAGGCCGACUCACCCUGCUCGUCCCGCCGUCCCGCCCGUGACACUGUCGACACGAGCCUCGUUGUCGGCCGAUCGAAGCAU